UUGGAGGGCAAUCCUGAGGAUAUGGUUUAUGUGGCGAAGGAAAAACCCCAGCACUUCAUAUUCUCUCUUACUACCAUAUUACCAAUGCCAGCUGAUGAGGUCUUUACGGAAUGGAAGCGGGACACUUGUCGAAAUGGUUCUUAUGGUCCAGAAGUUCUACAAUAAUCAACUUCGGGAGAGCGAAACACACAUUGGGCCACGUGGAAUGCCUGGAAGUGGGGUUUCUAGAUCUGAUCUCCACUCAAAUUUUAAACUCCGGUUGCUUGUGAGGCCAUGGGUGAAGAUGCCUUAAGUCUCUUAAAAUGGUUUGCAUCUUCUCAAGUUGCAGAAGGUAUCAAUUCGGAUGAUGAACUUGCCCGGGAAACAAUUUUGAGUCCCUUACGCCCUUCCACACACAUUGGGAAGGUCUUAGAGAGGGCCAACGUAGUGAAUCACAGAAAGAGUGUCAGGACAUCCUCGAUUCUAUUGAUAUGGUUAAUUUCGAGAAAUCUGAUUGCGAAGCCUCUUGUCCUGUGGAAAUUAAUCAGUUGUUUGAAAUUCUGUUAUAUAGAACAAUAUCACAAGUGGGAUGGCUCCAGUGAUGACUGACAGCCUGUAUCCUGCCAGGGGAAAAGUGAAGCAAAACCUCAUGUGGAACACCAAUCAUGGCCUCCAUUGGAUUCAAGCUUAAUAGGUGAGAACAGAAUGAAGAGACCUCGCUAGGAUUCUUUGCCUAUCUCUCGUCAAAGAGCAAGUGCCAUUUUUCCUCCUGAUACAUUGUGCAUUCCCAGAGGAAUUGAAGAGAGAAAAGAAGAUUCAGGAACUUCCUGUUUGGGGGAUGAAUCAAAAAGUGCUUUAAUAAAAAAGAACUUAGAGGAGGGAAAUCUGCCAAAGAAUAGGAGUCCUGAAGAUGUGGGAUAUGACUCUUGCCUGUGUUUCAAAAACUGAAGUUGUCUGUGAAGAUUAUCCUGGUUUGUUUGAGCCCUGUGGGACAUCAGAAAACUUAAACAAGGAAUAUGAAACUGCAAACCUAAUUGGUGUGACCUUCUCUAUGAAACCUCCAACUAUUAAUACAGAUGAGCCCAAGAGAGAAGGCAGUAACGUACAUACAUCUAUUCAGGGAGAUAUUGAAGAUAAUUGCCUCCCAUUUUUUCUCCCCAGAGAAAGUACUUGACGGUGUUUGCCUUAGAAAGUGCAAAAAUGAUGGAAACCGAGAGCAAGUACUGGGUGUUCCUACAUUUUUUCAGAUGGUCAUAUUUAUUCAUGCUGACCCCUGCUACCUCACCUCCAUCGACAGAAUCUGUCGAUAACUGGCUAUCAUCCAAUUCCUUUAAUAAUAUCUUGGAGCAGAAGACAAAUGUUCCAUCACCUUUUGGGGAUAUGGUGGAGUUACAGGGUUCUCAAGCUCACAAUGGCGAUUCCCCUUUGCCUGAGUGUGCUCCUUUGUCAGAAGAAAAGCUUGAUCAAAAGAACGGCACUGUGGAAGUUGAUGUGAAUACGAAAAACAUAUCAACUGCCUGCUCGAUGGUCAUUUCUCAAAUAUCCGGCCCAGAUAAGAAUAUGAUGCACUCCAUUGAGUCAAAUCGGUUUCCGUGAUCCAGCAAGUGUUGGUCAAGGGCAGCAGCUAACGUUGAUAACUGCUGAAGCAUUCCAUAAGUUAAACUCAAUAUGUGCACAGUUGAAGCUGUAGCUGAAACAGUUAUGGGGCGAAAAUAUCCAUAUAUCUCUUGGAUAGUACUAAAACAAUCGGUACAGAUCUAUUGACUAUACACUAGAGAGAGCAAAGUUGAGCCUGCGGAUUAUGAAUAUGCUCGAUAUGAUAAACCGAACAUCAGAACUUGCUCGAGUGUUUGGUAUCGACUUUUUUUCCAGUUUUAUCUCAAGGCUCACAGUUUCGUGUUGAAUCAAUGUUCCUUCUAUUAGCACACACACAUAACUUUCUUGCCAUAUCUCCUGGAAAGCAACAGGUUGCCAAUCAACCCGCAAUGGAGUGCUUACUGAUAGGGCGUUCUCUUAGAGAAGCUUUCACGAUUGGACGAGAAAUUGCAUCAACUAUAACUGAAAUAAAUCCAAAUCCUGUCACGUUAAAAAUGGAGAAAGUUUACUUCCCGUGCUUCCUCAUGAAAAAGUGGUAUGUUGGUUAUAGUUAUGAGUUCCCCGAUCAGAGGAAACCAACCCUUGAUGCUAAGGGUCAUACACUAUUUGGACUUUUCGGGGCUGAUUUGAACCUGGACAUGCCCCGCACAGCAUGUGAAGCAUGUGAAGCAUGUGAAGCACGUGAAGCUACUGGAAAACGAUAUUUGCUCAUAAUCCACAGAGGAGAGCACGAGAAUUGACUAUUACAACAAAUCGAAACAUUGUAUCCUGUGUGGCGACUUGGUGCAUGGAUCGGCCCAUUUAUGUCACAACUGUCGAAAGGAUGAAACAACCGUUGCUGUGACAGAGGUUGCUGCUAAACAAGCUGGGGUUGAGAGUUGUUGUCCAAUGAAGAACCGUACAAUUAAGCUAGCAGAGAAAAAAGCUCCAUGCAGAAGAACUCAAAACGUGAGAAGGAUUUACUACACCUUGCCUGUUGAUCUGCAAGAACAUUUCUAUCCAGCCAGUAGAACCUCAAAACUCUAAGUCAGCCCGGGAAAGCAAGUAGUGAAGAAACAAUACAACCAAAACUAAAACCAAGGGUAAGAACCAAUGAUGAAUACCUUUUCGUGAUGAAGGAACGCGUGCUCUAGGGUAAAACUCUUCACCUCAUUUUCCAGCCCCUCUGUAAGGUUUGAAAAUAGUGUAAGCGAG